UUGCCAGUAUCUGAUGGUUCGGCAGCACAGGAAGUUACCCAUAGUCCUCCAGAAAGAGAGGGGACAAAAAAUAGAUGCUUAUUUCUACUUUCUUGCAGAAAUUAAAGCAGCCUAGCGGGUCUGCGAUUAUUUAAAGAAUUUUGCUGAACAAUAUUGAAGAGUGAGCUACUGUAAAAAAGGGUACAUAAACAGUGCUAAUGGAAACCGGCAGUAGUUCAAGUAGCAGCAAUGGCGUGAUAGUUAAUAGAGAAGAAAUGAGAAUGAGAAUAGAAAAUCCAUUUACUUUGAAGGUAGGUCAAGUAUUUACUGGCUUUGGCAUUGGCUGUGGGAUUGGAAUCGGUGUUGGCCGCCCUUUAAACCUAGGUGCAAUACCUAUGCUAAAUCAAGUUAUGACUGCCACUAGAGGCGCAACGGAUGCAUUUUCUGGAGUUGGAAGACAUGUUAAUAAUUCUUUGAAAAAGGUGGGAGCAAAAGGCAUUGAAGCAGGCAUUGGAUGUGGAGUAGGUUUUGGACAUGGUUUUGGAGUUGGUCUUGCUGUGAAGCGCGGAGUGGUGGAUCGGAUUCAGUUGUAUUUAAUUCAAGCCAUGACAAAGUUAAUGAUGAAGUCUGGAAUGUCUCCCGGCUUAUCUAUUGGUCAAGGCAUCAUUCCAGCAUCCUUGCAAGCUGGGAUGAAAACAGUCAAUGAAGCCUCUAUUCAGAACCCACUUGGAAUUGCCAAUCCACUGGAAGUAAAGGUCCCACAUAGUUCUUCUCCAGGCUUGCUUACAGAUAGAAACACAAAUGCUCUCUCUUCUCAUGAAAGUGACACUUCAAGAGCUAAUGUCAGCUCUUCAAAUGCAUCGUAUAGCAGCCGGACAGAGAAGGUUAUUAACAAUUUUCUGCAAAGUCCACUUGUGAAAGACGAAGACAGUACAACAAAUGAGCUGUCUGAGCGUUUGGGAUCAGAGAACAACCUUCUUCAUAUGGUGUUGAAACACCAGCAAGUGAUUGAUGAGCUCAUGCAGGAAAAUGAAAAGCUUCGCGAGAUACUGGUGAAAGACUUAAAGGUCUCGCCCAGUAAACUCCAAACCAGCUACUCUAGUAGAAGUAAGUAUCCAUGUACUGAAUGUUUCGAGUGCCGUAGAAAACAAAGGAGAAGACGAUGAAUGAAUACAAUAUCUUUCUCUUCUUACAUUUUUCUAUAAGAUGAAUGAAUAGAAUAGCUUACAUUUUUUAUCUACAUCACCCAAGCAGUUAAAUCAAGAAGCUUGGCCUGCUCUUUUUGACUGCAAGAGUUUAUUUUUGGUUGUUGUAUGGAAGCCUUUUGCCACGUGCUUAGGUAUCUUGAAACUCCGAGCUCAGUCAAACUAAAAUACCUAAAUUAGGUUGGAGGGAGUACUACAAGUUAACUAAUUAUUUGUUAUUUCCUA